AUGCAACUCACCCAGACCAUCGUUGCAGCACUCUUCGCCGCCUCCUCUGUGGUUGCGGCUCCCGCCCCGACCGAAAAGUCCAUGAUGGUCCAGGGCAUCCCCGAGUGGACGAUUGAGGGCGUCCACCGCUGGUGCAACUGGGAGAACACCCAGUGCAACUGGAAAUUCACCAUCAAUCCCAAGAUCUACUCCCCGACUCCCGUCAACUUUGUCGUCAAGAACGCCGGAGCCACCCCCGCCGCCCAGAACAACGGCGCCGCCCAGAACUUUGGCGACUACACCAUCACCUCUGGCUGGAGCGGCCAGUUCGGCCCGGGCAACGGCUUCACCACCUUUGCCGUUGUCGACAACAAGAACCGCCGCAUUGCCUACCCGGCGUACCGCGAUGCUCAAGUUGAGAACGGCCAGGUCGUCUCGCCCGACUUGAGCUUCCAGCCUCAGGCCCUUCCAUAA